AAAUAAUGCAAAAAUUACAAUGUUAACCAGAAUAAAAAAAGACGGAGGAGGAGUUAUAUAAAUACGAAGAAUAUGUAAUGUUCUAUCUCCCGGCAGUUUUGAUUCCACUCUUUGAUGGAGGAUAAAGUAAAGCUACGCAAAGAGACCACCCAUUCAUGACAAUGGCUUUCUUCCGGGAAACGAUUUCUUCACUAUCUUCAAGCCCUCUCUUCUGCGCCAUUGUCACCCUCUUCACCCUCAUCCUUCUAUACUUCCCCUCGCUUCUCUGGGAUCCCCUUUUCUCCCCUCUCCUCAUUUCCACCUCCGUUCUGCUCUUCUCUCUCCUCCACCUCGGCGUGGCUCAGAGGAUUUCGCGAGUCGACUCAGAAAGCAGCUUUCUCUCGGCGGAGAAGACGGCUCUGUUAUUACAAUCUUCGAGUGUGGAUGGCAGGAUCAUUCCGGGUAAGCAAUUGGACUCAAAUUCGAACCCGGACCCGAAUUUUGGCCCAUUGUCUGCGGAAGAUUUUAUUGAGUGGGAUGUGAGGGCCCCUCUGGAGGUUAUUCGUGAAGAAUGGGGCGGAGAAGAAGAGGAGGAAGAGGCUUCGGAUGAGAAGAGAGUGGCGGCGAUUCAGAGGUAUGCUUCUCUGUCGAUGUAUUAUCCGGAUUCAGAUUCGGAUAGUUCGUCGGAAGGGGGAGCUCCGUUAAUCGGAGAGCCGGAUUCGCCGGAGACGAUGUGUUUCUGGUGGGAAGAGGUGGAUAAAGACGAGUUGAUUGAGAUUUCAUUGGACGGGAAGAGGAUUACUAGUGAGCCGGAAGAAGAUAAUUUGAUCGAGAUCGACCUUUCCCCGGGCCGAUGACGACUGGUUUUCCGAUAAGGUUUAGAUUUAAUUAUUUACUCGUAUUUCUUAAUCAAUACACUCCGUACUUGAAAAUGGUGACCUUGUAAAAUAUAUUCAUCACUGAGCAUAAAGUGAGACAUUCGGUAUUUAUUGAGGUUCUUCUCCCCAAUCAAACAUUGGUUAUAACUUGAAUAUAAUUUUUCCAACAAA